CAGGGUGGUGUCACUGCUGUCCAGUUGCAGACUGAGGCCCAGGUGGCAUCCGCCUCAGGCCAGCAAGUCCAGACCCUCCAGGUAGUCCAGGGGCAGCCAUUAAUGGUUCAGGUCAGUGGAGGCCAGUUAAUCACAUCAACUGGCCAACCCAUCAUGGUCCAGGCUGUCCCUGGUGGACAAGGUCAAACGAUCAUGCAAGUACCUGUAUCUGGGACACAGGGUUUGCAGCAAAUACAGUUGGUCCCGCCUGGACAGAUCCAGAUCCAGGGUGGGCAGGCUGUGCAGGUGCAGGGCCAGCAGGGUCAGACCCAGCAGAUCAUCAUCCAGCAGCCCCAGACGGCUGUCACCGCUGGCCAGACCCAGACGCAGCAGCAGAUUGCUGUCCAGGGGCAGCAAGUGGCACAGACUGCUGAAGGGCAGACCAUCGUCUAUCAGCCAGUUAAUGCAGAUGGCACCAUUCUCCAGCAAGUUACAGUCCCUGUUUCAGGCAUGAUCACCAUCCCAGCAGCCAGUUUGGCAGGAGCACAGAUUGUUCAGACGGGAGCUAACACCAACACAACCAGCAGUGGGCAAGGGACUGUUACUGUGACGCUGCCAGUGGCAGGCAAUGUGGUCAAUUCAGGAGGGAUGGUCAUGAUGGUGCCUGGAGCAGGCUCUGUACCUGCUAUUCAAAGAAUCCCUCUACCUGGAGCAGAGAUGCUUGAAGAAGAGCCUCUCUAUGUGAAUGCCAAACAGUACCACCGUAUUCUUAAGAGAAGGCAAGCCCGGGCCAAACUAGAGGCAGAAGGGAAAAUUCCAAAGGAAAGAAGGAAAUACCUGCAUGAGUCUCGGCACCGUCAUGCCAUGGCACGGAAGCGUGGUGAAGGUGGACGAUUUUUCUCUCCAAAGGUAAAGGAUAGUCCCCAUAUGCAGGAUCCAAACCAAGCUGAUGAUGAAGCAAUGACACAGAUCAUCCGAGUGUCCUAACCCCUGGCUAUGUGGUGGAGCUGAUCAAGGUCAUGUUCCUCGCCACUCUUUCCCACUGUUCCAGGAAAUUGAUCAACUCUUCCAAUGGGACACUGACGAUCACAUUCUGACCUUUUCUACAGGACAGAAACCACUUAGUUUUUAAAAGUGGCUCAGUAUUAUAAUUGCAGCAAUGUCUGGCAAAUUGAAGUUGCAAGCCUCUGUCUAACUUUUUCAGUCAGAACUAUUUCAGACUGUUGAUGACAUUGACAUUUCAUGGAUUAGGAUGAUGCAAAGGGACACAUGCCAGCCUGGCAGUAUAGAAGCACUUAUGUUGACUGGUGAAGUUAGCCAGCCACUUCAGCAGGGGAGAACAACCUUCUCUACCUAACCUGCAAUCAGGGAAGCCACAGCCCACUUCUUCCCAUGGAAUCUAGACAGCAUCCAUCCCUCUGGUGGGGGAUCUCAGGCUGACUAACUGAAUAGACAGUUUGUAUUCAGAGAUGGCUUCCAUGCAAGGAAGUUCCAUUUUGUGAUAUGGAAACAAUAAAUUCUCUGAGGUACAUUCAUCUAAUCUGUGGUAAUAAUAAGAAUCUCUGUUUGCCCAGAUGGUAGGUUGGAUAUCUUUGGACUCCAGCCAAGAAAAAGCUAAUUCUGGGGAUUGAGUGGUAAAAGAUUCAAGCACUAAAAAUACACAUUGCUGAAUCUCUCUUUUUUAGCUUUGACAAGUUGUAAUCUGCUUGUUUCCCAGUGUUGACAGGUCAUCUGGACCAUAAGUUCUUGCUAUAGCUACUUGUAAUACAAUUUAGAGGGUAUUGGACCUUGAGACUGCCCUUCCUAAGUAGAGAACGGAACUUUUCAUCAGCGUGCUGAGGACGUUUGUAGUAACAUCUAAACAGAGAGCCAAACUAGAGAUUUUCAAUCAUAGGCUUUGUGACAGCAUUUGGGGAAUAGAAGAGUUCAUGUGCAUUUCAGCUUAGGAGGUGGGGGCAGAGAGAGUAGUAUAUAUAUCCCUGCGUUUUCAUAGGGCAUGAUUCUCCAGUGGAUGGAUACCUGGGAUUGGUCAUUAAGAUGAAGAGACUAAUUCACAUUUACACUAAAACCUUUUAAUAAGCACUGAAAGGGAGAAGUCUGAGACAUGGUUCUUGACAGUUUCUGGAAAGCACUUUUCAAUCAUGCCAUCCUGGACAUAGUUCAGGUUACCUGCCAGAGCCUGAGGUGGAUUUUGGCUUCACUCAUGCCACAUUUUGUGCUGGCCCCAGAGAGUGAACAUUCUCAUUCUUCCCAUGGCAGCUGAUUCUUUAGUGCCAGUUUCCAAUUUUUUUCCCCUUUCUCCAUAGGCCUUGUACAGAAAGGUUUUCACAUUGCAUUCAUAAUGUAGAAAUAAUUUGCAGACUGGAAAUAGAGAUACCUGCAGGGUCAGGAACUGGGUCACAGUUCCCCGGAUGGGUUGUGCCUCAGAAAUCUAUUUCUUUUCUAGAUGUUGAACCCUUGGAGAACUAAAAUGGUAUUUCAGAAGAGUCAGCUUCCUUCUCUGGAAAUAAAGAAGGAAACCCAAUAAUUCUUCUGAUGCUUUGACUUCACUGGAACUGUAUUAAGACAGAAAAGUAAUUAUACCCUCUAAAGAAAAUGUCACAAAGGGACAUCAUUGUAAUGGUAAAAAUAGACACACAGAGCUAUGUGAAGGAAACAGCCAGUGAAAUAUCUUUCUAGUUCUGGGAAUCUAGUAGUCUGUACUGGUUGCCAAAUGUCAGAGGGGUUGACCCUUUGAUAAGCUCACUAGGAAAUUCUGGCUUUUCAUGUGAGUUUCAGAUAAAACUUUAUUCACUAAGUUCCAGGUUUUUCAGAUGAUAGAUUACUAAAAAGAAUGAGGAAUUUAUAUCCCUUAGUUUAGGAAUCUGAGAUGCAGAAUUCAGAAUGAAAUUCCCCGGACCUAAUUUCUAGUGCUUAAGCCAACAGUUUUAAAAUAUUUAUUUGUGUCUGUAAGUUUGUAUAUGGUAAUACCAACCUCAAUUUGUUACUGAAUUUAUUUUGGGGGUGUGAGUUUGAACUUUGUUUUGUUUGAAAUUAAAUACUUCAGUUGUCAUUUA